CCCGCCGCCGCCGCAGCGGCCCCGGGGCCGAGCAGGGGCGAGGCGGGGGAAGAAGCAGCAGCGGCCAGCGAGCCCCGGAGCGCCGCCAGAAUGGUGCUAGAAGGAAACCCUGAAGUAGGGUGCCCGAGAACCUCAGACCUCCAGCACCCUGGGAACAGUGGUUCUUGUGUCCUCUCUUCUGGUGAAGAUGUACAGCCAGGCGAGGAACCCAUCAAGUAUGGAGAACUCAUCGUCCUGGGAUGCUGUGAGGAAGGAGGUGAGGAAACCGAGGCUCAGAGAGGGGAAGUGACUGGCCCAAGGGCACACAGCUGCUACAAUGGGUGUCUGGCAAGUGGAGACAAGGGCCGCCGGCGAAGCCGCCUGGCACUGAGCCGCCGGCCACAUGCCAAUGGAGUGAAGCCAGACGUUAUGCACCACAUCUCCACACCACUCGUCUCCAAGGCCCUGAGUAACCGAGGCCAGCACAGCAUCUCAUACACACUGUCUCGGAGCCACUCGGUCAUCGUGGAGUACACACAUGACAGUGACACAGACAUGUUCCAGAUUGGCCGCUCCACUGAGAAUAUGAUCGACUUUGUGGUAACAGAUACAUCCCCUGGAGGGGGUACCACAGAGGGCCCUUCCACCCAGAGCACCAUCUCCCGCUAUGCCUGCCGCAUCCUCUGCGACCGCCGGCCACCUUAUACUGCCCGCCUUUAUGCAGCUGGCUUUGAUGCUUCUAGCAACAUCUUCCUUGGAGAGCGAGCGGCCAAAUGGAGGACCCCUGACGGUCUGAUGGAUGGCUUGACCACCAAUGGUGUCCUGGUGAUGCACCCAGCAGGCGGCUUCUCUGAGGACUCAGCCCCAGGUGUCUGGCGGGAGAUCUCAGUCUGUGGGAACGUGUACACCCUACGGGACAGCCGCUCAGCCCAGCAGCGGGGGAAGCUGGUGGAGAAUGAGUCCAACGUCCUGCAAGAUGGCUCGCUCAUUGACCUAUGUGGGGCCACACUAUUAUGGCGCACUCCAGCGGGGCUGCUGAGGGCACCUACACUGAAGCAGCUGGAGGCCCAGCGGCAGGAGGCCAAUGCGGCACGGCCCCAGUGUCCUGUGGGUCUCAGCACCCUGGCCUUCCCCAGUCCGGCCCGUGGCCGCACAGCACCUGACAAGCAACAGCCCUGGGUCUACGUCCGUUGUGGACAUGUCCACGGCUACCAUGGCUGGGGCUGCCGGCGGGAGCGGGGCCCCCAGGAGCGCGAGUGUCCUCUCUGUCGCCUAGUGGGGCCUUAUGUUCCCCUGUGGCUCGGCCAAGAGGCUGGUCUCUGCCUGGACCCUGGGCCACCCAGCCAUGCUUUUGCACCCUGUGGCCAUGUCUGCUCUGAGAAGACUGCCCGCUACUGGGCCCAGACACCACUGCCACAUGGCACCCACGCGUUCCAUGCUGCCUGCCCCUUUUGUGGGGCCUGGCUCACUGGCGAGCAUGGAUGUGUCCGCCUCAUCUUUCAGGGGCCACUAGACUAGGUCCUCCAGGACCCCUGCUGCUGUGCCCGCCUGCCCACCCAGGUCCCCCACCUCCUACAGUUCAGUGGGAGCUCUGCAUGUGGGAUUCUACCUGCUGGCAAUUGCCACACCAGUUGGACACAUUGGAUGGGCUAUGGACCUCCCCUCAACUCUAGCCUCUAAGAGGGUCCCCAAGAUCUCGACCUUGAACAUACUGAUGGAGCCUUUAGCACCAACUAUGCCCCAGGUUGAUGGAGAGAGCCCCAUGACCCUGUUCUUUCUGGGGUCUCCCACAUCAUGCCACCUACACUGUGUCCCUGGGGGAGUGAAGGGGCCAUGGCCCUUGAUUCCCAGCUUAGGCUGGCUGCACCCUGAGCCUGCCAACCCAGUAACAGAUAUCCAUCCCACCCGCUGCUGCCCUAGGUUCUUCUAUAAACCUUGCUGCUCAGCUGCCAAUCAUAAAUCCAUGUGUCCCGCAUGUGUGCAGUAUCCCCCGCCCCUGAGCAAGUGAUGGGUGGGUGGCAGGCUGGAACUGGCACUUGCUGGUGCCUAACACAGGCAGGAUGGAACCAAGUAGGGCCCAAAGAGAAAUCAGGUUUCCCAUAUGGAGUUCACAUUCUAGUGGAAGGCAGAGAGUUCCAUAUUGCUAGGAUCAGAGAAUUCUUGGGCUAGAGAAUGGUCCUUGCUGGCUGUGGGAAAGUAAGAAACUUCAUGCCUCCAUCAUGGCUCUGAAUCCUCCACGCCCACAACAGAUGGGCUUUGCAUACUCGAUGCAGGCUGGGGGUGAGGAAGCAGGGGUAGAGUGACAAAUUCAGGGGUGCUGGAGCAUACUUACUGCAGGAGGCAGAUACAACUGAACCAGAGGUGUUGAUGGGAAAAUGCUAGAUAGAGGACUCAAAUUUUUAUUUGUGGACACUCAGGAGUCAAAGGCAGGGGAGGACUCACUGCUUUGCAGUGCUGGCUCUGAUCCAAGAGCUAACAUUGUUGAAUGCCAACCAUGUGCCCUGUCCUAUGCUGACGGUAAUGACAGGUGCAUUCAUUGAGCACUCACCAGGUCCAAGGCUCAGUUUCUCAGAGGUUUUGUUGUUUAAUCCUCACAGUGACCAGGCAGUGAGGGAGGUAUCCCUACUUGUGUUUAUAGAAAGAUGAAGGCACAUGGUUUUAAGUCACAGAUAACAAGUUGACAAGCCAAGAUUGGCAGCCACAGCUGUCCUUCUCCAUCACAUUGUGGAUUUCCUUCAAUAGGCAGGGCUGAAAUGAGGUUGGGAAAUACAGAGUUUGCUUCAUGAAAAGGCUGAAGAAAAAAAAAAAAAAAAAAAAAAAGGACACUUACCCAGCUUUACUCAGGGCUCCAGCAAUGAGCAAGUCUCCUAAAAGGAAGAGGACUCAUCUGGGUUAGUGCCAGAAGAUGACCACCACACCUUGCUGGUCACCUGCACCCCAGCUAGAUGCAGUGAGUCAGUAGCCUGUCUAAGGUGUUCUGAGAAAAGCAGGUUUCAUAUGCACCAGGAUAACCUGUAUUCUGAGACAUAUCUGGAAUAGCAGACUGCAGAGGCAGGGUAGAGUUGGAAGGGCAGCCCAGGCAAGGGCAACAACAUGGCAACCAAUAUCCAGGGGAGCAGAAAAGAGGUCUGGGCUUAGGGUGGGCUGAGGCCAGGUAGGCCUUGGUGGUCAUGCAAUUCAAGUGUGAACUGGAUUCCUUCCCAAAGCCAUACAACUGGUAGAGGUUGAGAGCAGACCUGGGCUAUUGAGCAGACAGAGGGCACCCUGUCAGGGGAAAGGGAAAUGUGAUUGAGCAUUACACUGCUACAGUGGGAUGGAUGCCAGAGUGUGUGGGAACACCUCAACCCUUAGCCAGGGAGAAAUGGAACUCUCCCUGGUAUUCUCUUCUGAUCCUGUUAGGGGGCCUGCUAGGGGAACAUUCCAAUGCCAUUUCUAGGUUAGUCUUAGACUUUGGGAGGAGAGACAGGCAAAAGACACUUCCAUGGGCACUGAGUAGAUCUUGGAGACUCAGUUUUCACAAUUGUUAAAUGGAAUGAUAGUCUCUAAGGCCACGCAUGGUGGCACAUGCUUGUAAUCCCAGCACUUGGGUGGCUGGGGCAGGAGGAUUGCGAAUUCCAAACCAGCCUGGGCUGAAUCGCAAGACCCUAUCUCAAAACAACAAAAGCAGGACAGUGGGAGAUAGCUUUGUGGAUAAAGUGCUUGCCGUACAACUCUGAGCACCUAAGUUCAGAUCCCCAGGCUCCAUGUAAAAAUCAAAAGUGUGGUUUAUUCCUAUAAUCUCAGUGCAUCUACAGCAAGAAGCCAAGAGGAUACAAGAAUUUCCUGGAAGCGUAUGAGCUGUGAAUGAACAACAAUGAAAGAACCUAUC